AUGACUAAGACAGAGCAUGGUUAUGGCGUUGAUGGUCCUCGGCCUGAGGAAACGUUGCUCUCACCAAGCCGGCCGGGAAUCUUGACAGUCAUUCUUCGCGAGGGGGCUGGUCUCUCCGUGCCGGAUGGAUUCGAAGAGAGCCCCGAUGAAGAGCAAAACAAGCGCAACAUACCAUAUGCCAUCUUGACCUUUGAUAAAUCGCAAAAGAAGGCCAACUCUCACCGGGGAACUAGACAAAAUCCUGUAUGGACAUCAGACACUGGAUCGCUGUGUCGCCCAUUACACUGGGAUGUUACUAUCGAGGGGUUACGCGAGUCUACUUGGGACUUUGAUGUUUGCCGCCCUGCUGAGUUGGCCAUCUAUCUCUAUCUCGGAGACCCCUAUAAAUCUUCUUCUAUACAAGGCCAUGCUUUCCUUGGAGUGGCACGAAUCGCAAUAGAUCCCUCUCGAAUAGUGGCGGCCUCGUCGCAAUGGAUUGACGUGCAGCAUGGCACUGGCCAGCUUCGCAUCAGUCUUGAAUACAAGGAUAUGAAAGACCGGGCCUUGAAAGCAUCCGAUUUUCAACACAGACACGUUCAUCAGCUGCUUAAUAAAGAUACGUGGCAACUAUAUACUAAAAGAACAAUUCCAACGGGUCAACGACUCCAGAAUGUCAACCAUCCAUUCAUUGCACCACUGACGCUGACUUUUCAGUCACAAGAAGAUUCAAACCGGACGAUCAACGCUGACUUUCCAGUCGAAAAAGGUUUAAACCUUCUGUCUCCAGCCAUAGAUGGCGGGAAUCUCUUUGACCAUCUCCAGAGGCAGCAGCGUUUCAAUCCCGAGAGCGCUCAAUUUUACGCUGCUGAGAUUCUGUGCGCAUUGGAAUACCUGCACGAGGUCCGCGGCAUCUACUCCUGGUUAAAGCCUCGGCAUGUCCUUCUAGACUGCUUUGGGCACAUCGUUCUCUAUGGUUCUGGCGUUUAUAAGCCAGCCGUUGACGGCGACCGCAGCGGCUACGGCAUGCCAGAGUAUCCAAGCCCCGAAGUGCUUCUCAAUAAAGGUCAUUUUAGAGCGGCCGAUUGGUGGACACUAGGGAUUUUUCUCUACGAGAUGUUGACAGGGCUACCGCUUUUCUUCGAAAGCAGAAAGAAAAGAACCGGUAGUAUGAUUUUAUCUAGCAUUGAUCUUGAAUCCAAGCCAAAGAGAACCACAAACUAGACCAGACAUAUCUAUAUUCGCCAGACAUAGGAAAAGGAAACAUUCAACACACUGCAGCAUCUUGUUUACCCCCAUUGCCUCCCUCACUGUAUUCCUCUGCUGUUAGUUUAUAACACACUUGUCCACAUUGAACCUCAGUUGAAAGAGCUGAGAGCACACACAGUAUGAACAAGGAGA